AUGUCCUCGAGGCACGUCUCGCAGCUCCGGAAAUGGAUGUUAGCCUCGCCGCCUAUCGAAUGGGGCAUUGAUAAGCUGAGGGAGUUACUCAUUGGCGCAUUGCGACAAGGUCAUAUUCCUCAACAUGUGGCAUUUGUGAUGGAUGGGAACAGGAGGUUUGCGCGAAGUCAUAAAAUAGAGACAGUAGAGGGGCAUAAUCUUGGAUUUGAGGCUUUAGCAAGGAUACUGGAGGUCUGCUAUAAGUCUGGAGUCAAAGUCGUUACGGUUUAUGCAUUCAGUAUAGAGAAUUUCAAACGGUCGAAAUACGAGGUGGAUGCUCUCAUGGAAAUGGCAAAAGUUAAGCUGGUGCAAUUGGCGCAACACGGAGAUCUGCUGGACAGAUACGGAGCCAGCGUUAGAGUUCUUGGCCAGAGGAACUUGGUCAAAGACGAUGUUUUAGAAGCUAUUGAUAGAGCUGUGGAGAUGACAAAGAAUAAUGGGGAUUGCGCACUUAACAUCUGCUUCCCAUACACAUCUCGAGAUGAAAUCACAACAGCCAUCAAGACUACUGUGGAAAACUACUCAAAACCAACGCAUACACAACAGCGACCAUUCUCCCAGACUCGAAUUACACAAAAGCUUAAGUCAAGGAAUAUCAGCUCAGCAUCGGAUCCAACCAUAAGAGCAAGCUCUCCGACCCCCUCGAACAUAUCCGAACCGGACGAAUCCGUAUCAUCCUCCACAACCUUGAACCCCGAGUCCUCGCCAACAAGUAGUCCCGAAGCUGGAGUGUUCCCCGAUCCCGAACUUAUAUCCAUAGACACACUUGAAGAGAACCUAUUCACAGCCGGGGAUCCGCCUUUAGACCUAUUGAUACGAACAAGUGGGGUCAACAGGUUGAGCGACUUUAUGUUAUGGCAAUGCCAUGAGACUACAGAGAUAGUUUUCUUGGAUUGUUUAUGGCCAGAGUUUGAUUUGUGGCAGUUUCUACCUGUGCUAGUUGAGUGGCAGUGGAAACAGAAGCAUGUGGAAGAGAAGGCGCAGGGUAAUGGAACAAAAGCAUUGAAUAUUAGAAGUCGUUAG